CUGAGAUUGUAAAAAAUCUCAGCUAAAAACAAGUUGGGAAUCGUGCAGUGUUUUGAUUUUUGGUUUGUAAUAAAUCCACAAAAACUGCCUCAAAAUGAUGAAAUACGAGGCUGAGGAGGAAUUAGCAGAUAAAACACCAUGUGCUGGUGUCCGGGCAGACCUUAAAAUGUGUCUACUUGAGAGUGAUUGCUGCAAAAAGGAACGCAAAACACCAAGAGAAUGCAUCAACAGGACAGACGGAAGUGUUCCAAUUGAAUGUCAAGCUCUAAGGAACACAUUCUUUGAAUGUAAACGCUCCAUCCUGGACAACAGGCAGAGAUUCCGCGGGCGAAAAGGCUACUAAGGACCAGUUGAAUAUUUUGUCUAAGUAGAUUAGGUGGUCAUUAUACAAAAAUUCGAGGUAUUCAUUAAUAAAUUUUAAAAACAGAAUACAAAAAAAAA